AUGGCGAAAAGUAAACAUAUUUCAAAGGAAUACAUCUCUAGUUCAGAUGAAGGCCACAGUUCAGAUGAGGAGUUUGUGUUUGAAGCACCUAGAUCAUAUCAGAAAAUCAAGAGUUUCAAAUCACUUUCUUCGAAGAACUUGAAAGAUAAAGAAGUUUGGCUUAUCAAGGCUCCAAAAAAUUUCAGAUUCGAUGGGGUCAAAUCUUUCCCAAUUUCCUUCGAUGUUAAUGGCACAUCAGUGAUCGAGAAGGAUAAUAAGAAAUAUAAAGUUGCAGAAGAUAUAUUCCAAGAAACACUGAUUGUGGCUGGAACUGACAAAUCCUCUAAGAAGAAACAGAAAAAAAGCAGCAUCAACAUUGACAAUAAGUACCGUGUUUUGUUACCGGCUGGCUCAAAGCACGGAAGUAGUGAUGAAUUGAAAGUCUCGGAGAUUCCAAUCAAAAGAUUCUACUCGGUUUCUGAAAAUGUCGAGAUCCCGGUAAUUCAACAUAAUAAAGUAUUUGAAGCAAGAAAGGAUGUCGAAAAGACAUUGGGUUUGAGAAUGAGACACUUUGCUACUGGUUAUAACGAGGAUGAUUUCAAGGGCCAGUUAACAAGAAACUACGAUGAUUUAUUGGAUGGGGAAAGUGCCGAAAUUCAGCAUUCUAGAAAGAAGCAAAAGACUGACGAAUCAACUGAACCCCAAGAAAGCACCGAAGUGAAGAAAGAAAAAAAGGAAAAGAAAGAAAAGAAGGAAAAGAAGGACAAGAAAGAAAAGAAAGAAAAGAAGCAUAAGAAGGACAAAAAAGAUAAGAAGAGCAAACAGGAUAAAUAA